AUGGCUCCCCCGCCCUCCUCGUCCUCUUCCUCCUCUUCCGCCGCCGCCGCAUCUUCUUCCGCAGCUCCCGCAGUUGCUCCUCCUUCCGCCUCCGCGACGACGACGCCCUCUACAGCUCCUGCCCCGGCCUCGACACCCUCAGGCCAAGAGCCGAAGAAACGAGUUCGCCGAUGGCACCAUCGUGGAUUCACCGGGUGUUCCACCUGUCGUCGACGUCAUGUCCGCUGCGAUGAGGCUUCGCCGUCGUGCCGGAAUUGUACUCGCUUAGGACUUGAAUGCGAUGGCACACAGGGCCGGAUGACCUUUAAGGUCUAUGGGCCAUCGCAGGCCUCACAGGAUACCACGCCUAAGCCAGCACCGAAGAAGCGCGGCAAAAAGGCCGCCGGUGCGAAUGAGUCUGCCGGCGGCGGCAAACAGGCCAUCAUCAAGAAAGAAGACGAUGAGGAGGAUAAAGAUGGCGUGGAUGCGGUCGUGGUGUCUCCAACUACCGUUUCUCAAUCCGCCCCUACCCGAUACCAAUUCCAAGAUCCCUUCCGGCUGGUGACGAUGAACAAUCCCUUAGACACCAAGGAUGUCCGGUAUUACUCGCACUUCAUCGACCAGGUCGCAUCGCUACUCCUGAUCUACGACAAUAAUAUCAAUGUUAACCCGUACCGGCGCUAUUUCCCGGAAAUGGCGCGCGACUCGCCAUCCAUGGCCAGUGCGAUGCAGGCUCUUGGGGCGUUACAUUUGGCCAAUACGUCGCAGGGUCAACAGCGGAUUGAACAUUUCCAGCAGGCCAUGGGACAGUAUGGGGAGGUCGUCAAGUCAUUCCGGACGAGAUAUACCGAGCCUGAUACACAGUUAGGAUUGACUGACUUUGCGACUUGUUUAUUAUUAUCUUUGUUCGAGAUGAUGGACUCGCAACACGAUAAUUGGACCAUCCACCUGAAGGGCGCCCGUGAAAUUUGCAAAAUCCUCUUCUUCCAAAAGUCAACCGAUCCCUCUCAAGAAGCCCAGCGACUCACCGAAAUGAACCACCCCCUCCGACACUUCCUCAUUUCCCUCCUCUCCUAUCUUGACGUGGCCGGCGCAUGUGCGACCAGCGACGGCACCGUCGUCGAAGGCAGCUACUGGCGGCAAUAUGCAGGCGGCUGGGAGUACAACCUGGGCAUUCCCAGUUUAUCGUCGAACACACCGCCCAGUGAGCAGAUACUAGUCGAGCUACGGAACUGCUGGUCGGUAAUGAUGGAGAUUCAAGCAUCCAUCAGCUCAUUCGGACGAGCCAAACACGAAAAUCAACUCGCUCCUACACAGCAAGAUAUGAUCUACGGCAACCUGCUCAACCGCCUCCUGAACUGGCGGGCCACAGCGCCCGAAUGCAUGCAAGUCCUGGGCGGACUCGACGAAGCUAGUCUAGAGCAUUAUCCCUAUAUGGAAAUCCUCGAAUACGUAGGAUGCAUCGAAGCAUACGAAAAAGCGACCGUGAUCUACCUACACAAAGUGGUAGCAGCGAACCGCCCCGAGCGGCAAACCGAAGGCCCAUUACUACAGAUGCUGGCCUCGCGGAUCCUCCAAUUGAUCGAAAAAUGUGCUAACGGCGUGGGACGGCUGGCAGCUCUGUGGCCUCUGUUCACGGCGGGUCGUGAAACGCACGAUGUGACAGAACAGGCGUAUGUGCAGCAAACGAUGCAGGAGCUGCAGCGCUACGGGUUCAAAAACGUCGACAAAGGACUGGAAGAACUGGAGCGGGUGUGGUUCAAGCGACGGAUGUUCCCCGAGGGUUGGAUCGAGACGAUGGACGAUAUCCGCACGUCGGUUUUGAUUCCUUAA